UGUACUAUAGGCUACAUCCUCCCUCGAUACACUGGGACAGCCUCAUUGGUGCGCGGGAGCUCGUGGGGCUGCAGCGUCACCGGUGCCAAUCAGAGAGAGGCAGACGCGCGGGAUGCUGAUGACUGGAAGGAUGCUGGUGAUUUGGCACACACAUGCGCUCACCUUGAUAAGUCACCUAUGUGAAAGGGAACCGAUGGAUGUUGAUAUCAGCGGAUAGAACAGUAAUGGGACCAACCGUGUGAGUUACAUACAAGUCGCACAUUAAAUGCAGCAGGACUCCACAUCGGUGGACGGGAUGGUGAGCCAUUGUCAAACCCCCACGUUUACAGACUUUACCAGCCUGUCGCUCUCCAUGUACGGCAAAGCCGAAAUCUGCGCGCGGAGACCGACCAGCGGUACCCUGAUGUGUCGGAGCCCCCUCAGCAGCCCGGCGCGCAUGAACUGCUCCAGUCCAAAGCAUCUUAAUGGUUCUGAAGAAAAAGUGCAUCAAUCCUGCAAAACUUCACGGAGUUACUUUUCUUCCCCACAACUUCAAGUCAAUGGCUCGUACUGCCCAGAGAAGGAUGGAGGGGAUAGCAGGGCUCACUCACUGUUCCCCCAGAGCCUCCAGUGCGACAGGCCUGAGGUGCUGCUGCCCGACGCGCCGCACCCAGACUCCAGAUCGUCCUCGGACUUCUCCAGGACUUUGCUGGUGGCCUCUCCCAGUUUGUGCAGAACCAACGGGGUUCACUCCCCUCUCUCUUACCAGAUCAAACAAGAGACUUCAGUGGGCUACAACAUGGGACCCAAUGCAUCACAGGCUGGAUAUCAAAACUUAAAGGAGGAUAUCAUUUUAGGGGCGACAGGCGACAAACUGACCGGGGGCCCACAGGUUAGCUGUAGUGCUAGUAGCAUACGUACAGUAAACGCUGUUAGCAUUGCUGUGUCAGCAGACACAUCACAACCCUUUAAUAAUGAAGAUGGCUCCUCCCCGCUGGCUUUGUCCCCAUCGGGCUCCCAUCAUUCAGCGCGGCGACUGGGUCCUAACAGGCUGAAGAGGCACUGCCUGUCCCUGGCCUCGCAGUCCGCAGCCACAGCGUCUCCUGCAGCAGCCGCCACCGCCAUCGACGACCCAAACAUCUGCUCCUCACAAAUGUCCAUGGUCUCCUGCAACGGCUUCCAGCUCUCACCAAGCCCCAGCACAGGCUUCUCCUCCACAUCUCCUCCCACUGCAUCCUGCUCCCACGACACCCUGUGCAAGCCCCCACCUCAGCGAAGCCCCCAGCCCGCACCGGGACAGGACAGGUGCCAACUGUCAUCCCCUGCCUCCUGUUUGCUGUCCUCUUCCUCCUCCUCAGUGUCGUCAGUGGACCUUGAGGGCCAGACUCUGUGUGAGGAGCAUAGCUCCAUGCAUCUGGGGCGGGGGGCAGCAGGUGCAGAGGGGAGUGCAGAUGGACUGGGGCUGCUCCUGAGUGGGUCGGUGUUGCCUGGGACACUACAUUCAGAGAGUGAAGCUCUUAUGGAGGUGUCCCACAGGUCAGGGGCUGCUCUGAAGCAGGAACCACUGGACGAUUUCACUCCCAGCGAAGACGAGCUCUUUCAGCACCACUAUCAUCAGCAUCAUGUAAAUGGGCGAAUUGGGCACCCCCCUCGUCCUGCCAUGCCACCCCCUUACCACCUGCACCAGUACGUGGGGCCGAGCCCUGGGGGGCUACACCAUCAGAGCCAACAAACUGCACCAGCCUCCUCCAUGGGACAUAAAGCAGCCCCCACAGCCCCUCCUGGGUCCCACAGACAGGCAGACCGUGAGGAUUUAACCAUCGGAGCUAUUAGUGACAAGCAGGUGUGUCGCUGGAUCGACUGCAGCGCUGCCUAUGAACAGCAGGAGGAGCUUGUCCGGCACAUUGAGAAGGUGCACAUCGAUCAAAGAAAAGGAGAGGACUUCACCUGUUUCUGGGCCGGCUGCAUCCGCCGCUACAAACCCUUCAACGCUCGCUACAAGCUGCUCAUUCACAUGAGGGUGCACUCCGGAGAGAAGCCCAACAAGUGCAUGUUUGAGGGCUGUAACAAGGCGUUCUCCAGACUGGAGAACCUGAAGAUCCACCUGAGGAGCCACACUGGAGAGAAGCCGUAUCUGUGCCAGCACCCAGGCUGCCAGAAAGCCUUCAGCAACUCGAGCGACCGCGCCAAGCACCAGCGCACUCACCUGGACACGAAGCCGUAUGCAUGUCAGAUCCCUGGCUGCACCAAGCGCUACACAGACCCCAGCUCUUUACGUAAACAUGUGAAGAUCCACUCAGCCAAAGAGCAGCAGGUGCGUAGGAAGCUGCGGUCAUGUCCUCACCUGGAGCAGGACGUUCUGAGCGACUGUUUGUCCAUGCACCACCUCCAGAGCUCCGCCCCCUCCCAGCACCACCUCCAGAGCUCCACGCCCUCUCAGCACAUCCUCCAAAACUCCACCCCCUCUCAGCACCUCUUCAAUGGCAAAGACACACGCUCCCCCGUACUGGGCCAGGACAUCUUCUCUGGCAUGUACUCUGGCUCCAGCAACCCCCAUCAUCCAAUCAGUGCCCCAGCAGAGCUCCUGUCCCCCUCUGCACCCUCUGGCCCAGAACUGCCACAACGCCACAGACUGGACCGGGACAUGGGCAGCCCGCACCUGUCCCCCCUCACCCCUAUGGAGGGCGCAAGAGAUGGGGUGUCGGGUCCGCUCCUGUCUCCGGGGAUGAAGAGCACUGGAACGCCCCCCUCUCCCCUCGACAAACAGCACGUGCACCCACACCACAAGCCCUACAGCCAUUACCCGCUGCAGCCGGCCAACGACGAGUACCAGGGCAGUUUCCAGAGCUGCUUCCAUUUCGGAGACUCCUACAGGAUUGAUCAGACUGUCGGAGGUGUCCACAUCCCUGGAGAUUCCCACAACUACAGUUCCCAUCAGCACAAUGGCUUCCACAUGUCAGCGGGAAAUACAGGGGCAGGCUUCAACAUGAGCCAGGAGCUCCAAGGAGGAGGAUGCCAGUUCUCCUCCGGCCAAGAUGAGAGCAUCUUCUUCCAGGUGGGCAGCUUUGACCGCAGCCUGAACCACAUGCCCUCCGUCUACACAGAGACAUGAGGUACUGGGGCAGAGGACUCUAUUCUUAUUAUGUAGCAUUAAUUCAAGUACUCAAUAUGGCUCCUGGGAUCAAACUUGUACUGACAAAAAUGAAAAUGUGCACUUUUCACAAUGACAGAAAAAUAAAAUACACUAUUGAUGAUAGAUGAUAAAUGAAGAAACUAUGGCAACAGC